AUGAGCGCCGAGCCUCUGCCCCCGCCUCUCAAGAUCCCCGAGGUCAGCCGGUUUAUCAACCGCGCAAACCAGCUGCGCACAAUUAAACCUGCUAUAGCAUAUUGGUGCGAGUACCAUGCGGUCAACCAAAUCGUUACCAAGAGCCUCCACACUACCGACGACGAUUGCUUUGCAUACACAAAAGGCUUGAUUGAGCGCUUGGAGGCAACCAAGACCGAGCGCGCAGAUGACGAGGCCAUCGUGGAUAACACUGCCGGCCAGGCAUACGUCGAGCAGUUUGCUCAGGAAACAUUUAGUCGAGCCGAGAGGACUCUGCGAGCCAACAAGGUCUCGAGACAGACGGCAGAUACGUUUGAUGCGGCCGCCACCUUCUUUGACCUUACCCAUGAGUGGGGUACCCCCGAACCCGAAAUCAUCAAAAAGAUCAAGUUUGCGAAAUGGAAUGCCGCGCGCAUUCUGAAAGCCAUACGGGAGGGCAAAGACCCCAACGAGACCAAUCCCCAGGUUCAAGAAGACGAGGGCUCCGAACCAGUUCUUAGCCCUACCGACCCGGCAGUUCAGCAAAUAAUGAGCCCGCCAGUUGCGUCUGUAGAAGACGCUCCUGAUGACGGGGAGCCUCCUAUUGCGCCAGUCCAGGAAGGUUACUUCCCACCGACCACUGCCCAACCGGAACCAUUUGUUCCUUCACCGUUGACUCAGAGUCCCGGUCCGCCAGCUUCAGUAAUGCAUCCUCCGCCGGCCCAGGUAUCGCCUGCGCCAUCACCAGACGUACACCCUCCGCAACAAUCUCCUCAGAUACCCACGAAACUACCGCCGCCCGAGCCCUCUGCUCCCACGCCCUCGGCAUGGAACAACGUACCCAGUGCACCUCCUCCCUCCGCGCCUACUCCCCAAUAUGUGCCGCCUACUGUUGCGCCAGCGCCAGCUCCUGUUCGCCAGGCGGGCCCCCCAGCGCCGAGUGCGCCCACGGGCUUCGCGCCCAAUCAUAAGAGCAUUGAGCAAGCGCAAAAGCACGCCAAAUGGGCCAUAUCAGCGCUGAACUUUGAGGAUGUGCCUACUGCGGUCCAAGAAUUACGAAAUGCUUUAGGGAUGCUGGGUGCUCAAUGA